ACUGCCGGUCUCGAACCUGCAGGGGUCAGUGCAGCUCUAUCAAGACGCGUAAUAUGCACCUUACGUCCUGCACAUUUUGAAAGAUGUCCUGCGCCAAGGAUCCAGAAGUCCCUGACAAAAAAAAAAUUACUAUUUGGCCGCAAUGGCUGGCUGCUCUCGCGAUUAGUCUACAAGCCAUCGUUAGCGGUUUGGCAACCGGCUGGGCUUCGCCGUAUUUAGCGCAAUUAACAUUAGCAGAGGCAGACAGUCCCUUCAAGCUAACCGAUACUGAAGCAUCUUGGGUGGCAUCCCUUUUGAAUCUUGGACGUCUCGUCGGAGCGCUUCUCGGCGCUUUUUGUCAAGAGUAUGUCGGACGGAAGAGAGUGCUUCUGUUAUCGGGCUUGCCGUUAGUCUCCAGCUGGGUCUUCAUCAUCUGUGCCACGUCGAUCACGUGGCUUAACCUUUCAAGAUUCUGCUCCGGAAUCGGAUCGGGUAUUAUGUGGCCCGCGAUGUUCUUGUAUCUCAGCGAGAUUGCCGAUCCUUCAAUUCGUGGAUCACUGAUAUCCACGAACAUAAAUGCAGCGUCGGUGGGUAUGUUCUUGGGCAAUGCGAUGGGUCCUUAUCUGUCCAUGGAGAUGUACGGUUACGUGAGCCUCAUACCGAAUAUCCUCUUCCUCGUGCUUUUCAGCUUGAUACCCGAGUCGCCCUAUCAUUACGUCCUUCAUGGCAAUAUCGACGAAGCUGAGGCAUCUCUUAAGUGGUUCCGACGAGAGGCUGACGUCAAGACCGAAAUGCAGGAACUGCAGGAUUUCGUCGAUGGCGCCAGGACCGGUAUCAUGACAAAGCUCAAGAACUUCCUAUUACCAGUGAAUUUGAAGAAAGUUUUCACCAUGUUCGGCUUAAACGUCUUUGUUUAUGCAAGCGCAUAUAAUACAAUGAACUCUUACGCGGAGAUUGUCGUCAUCAAGUCAGGAGUGAGCAUCACUCCAUCAUUCGUGGUGAUGGCUCUGGGUUUGUCCAGCAUUAUCGCCGGUUCCACUGCUAUUUUUGUGGUGGAUAAAUUCGGCCGGAAGAAUUUGCUGAUCGUUUCUAUCAUAGGUGUCACUGUUUCACUCACCGCUCUUGGCCUGCAUUUUUAUCUUCUUUCUAUGAAUUUUGAUUCUGAAAAACUCACAUGGUUGCCGAUCACAUCGCUGCUAAGCUUUGGCAUAUUUGUGUCCUACGGCUUAGUGCCGGUGCCCAGUGCUCUUCAGGGCGAGAUGUUUCCGGCAGAUCUCAAAAAUCUAGCAUCUCUUUGCAUCGCUUCAGGCAAUGCAAUGCUAUCCUUCCUGUUCGCCAAGACUUUUCAGCCUUUUAUCGAUGUUGCCGGAGAAACUGUCGUCUUCUGGAGUUACGGACUCUUCGUCCUUGCAGCGGUGCCUUACGUUUGGUACUUGAUCCCAGAAACAAAAGGCAAGAGUUUGUUAGAAAUCCAACAAUCUCUUAAACAAUAAAAUGUAAGAUUAUUUAAAUCAACUUUGAUAAAAAACUAAUUUAAAAAAUACUUAUAAGAUAAUCUGUUUGAAGUCUAUAAAAAAAAUCGGUAACUUAAACGAGUAGGUUUCGUAACGUACGUUUAUAAAAUUAAAAUCUUUGAAUAAUUUAGAUUUUAGUCUUAAAGAAUUUAGAUAUUUUAACUGAAAAUUGAAAUAUUUAUUAAACUAAAAUGUCAGAAUUUCUGUGAUUGGGCGGUGGUUCAUAAUUUUACGUUUAUGUGAUAAAAACAUACAUUUAUUUAUCUUUAUAGAUCAUUAAUUAAUAAAAUAUUAUGUUUAGAAUAAAACAUAAUUGAUGUAUAUAUUUUAAACAAUAAAAAUGGAAGAUUUAGAGACUAAGUACAUACUUCCUAGCAAACAUAGAAUAUUGCAGUAACAUUGCGGCAAUGUUGCAACAUUACAGCAAUAUUGCAACAUUGCCACAAUGUUGCUGCAAUGUUCUGUGUUUGCUGGAUUUAAUUAUUUUUAAAGAUAUUUUAAGAAUAAAAUCAGUGUCUU